AUGUUUCCGGAAAUUGAGCCAUUUUCCACUCCUAAACCCGAAAGACUUCUCCAAAGAAUUAUCCAAAUUGCCACUAAUGAAGAAGAUAUUGUAUUAGAUUAUUUUGCUGGUUCCGGCACAACAGCAGCCGUGUCUCAAAAAUUAAAGAGAAAGAUAAUUUGUUUAGCCGAAAAUGUUUUAAAUGGUAAAUUGGCAAAAUUAGUUGCGACCCAGUUAGAGUAUGAUUACCAGCCGGAAAGUGAAUAUUUUUGCGGGAAAAAAGGCGAUACUUUAUUAGCGGUGGUGGAAGGCAUGUUAACCGAUGGAUUGCUUAAUUUCUUGCUGAACUCAAAAGAGAAAAACAAGUUUUUAGAGAUUGCGGCGUUGGCGGUAGACCCUGAUUUAGAAAGAUAUGUAGGAGAAUCUGAAGAAUAUCUUCCUGUUUGUAAGCCAGAUCAUAAACACUUUAAAGAAAAAACUAAAAUAGGAGAUAUAGAAUGUUCUUAUGAGUUGUAUUACUUUGAUUUAAAAUCAAGUGUCUUUUCGUUUCUUGAUAAAUUUAGGAAACAGAAUUCAACUAAAAAGGAAGUUAAGUUUGAAAACAUAAAAGGUCGAUCGUGCCAUGUAUAUUACACCGAGGAAAAUACACACAGAGGAUUUGGUUCCUUGAAAAGCGUAGUCAUGGAAAAUUUUAAAGAUACUGAAAAAUUAACUCCUUUGAUACUUGAAUAUAAAGACAAAAAAGGCAAUUUUGAUAUGGAUGCAGAACACGGAACUAGGGGACGCAACUCAGGAAUGAAAAUUUCUCACUCGCUAACUAGUACGGGAUCAGGACUUUUAAAAUACAAAAGUUUAGAGUCUCUUUCUAAUCAAAUCAUAAAAAAAUAUGAAAACAGAAUUGAAAAAAUGGGUAGAAUGAUACCUUUUCGCUAUUCAGAAUGGGAAAUUUUUGUUCCGAUGUUGAUAGUUGAUGAGCCAGAAUUAUUGCUUCAUCCUUUGCUGGUUAACGCUGUGGCUGACUUAAUUAAGGAAAUUGAACAGAAUAACAUUGCCACAGUUAUGACAACCCAUUCACCAACCUUUUUGUCUCAUUUUAUCCAUGACGACAGCCUGAAUUUAAUAAUAAUGCAGAAAGAUCCUAACG